CAAAUGCAGCUACCCACCAGCAGCGAGAUUGUGAUGAUGAAAACUCUCCGUCCGUGUGUCUGGUUCGUCGUUGAUAUGUAUGCAGGAUUUCGUGGAGCUAUGUUGCCUGACAACUUAGCGGCGGUGCAGCUGGCGGAGCCUCGAUGCCUAUGCGGAGCCACGAACAAGGCUGUGGGAUACAGACAUGAGAAUCUACGUUUUCGCACAUUUACAAACACAAAAAUUCGUUCUGCGAUGGCACUUUCAAAGCUCCAAGCUUCACUGGCCGCCCUCACGAUCGAAGUGACCAUUGCUACCGCCGAGAUAGAUUUGAUUUCACGCUCGUAAGAUGUGGGCGCCGAAGGAAUAUCAAACUUUAGUUAAUGCCCUUUUGAGGAAGCACAAAGAUGGAACAGAGCCAGCAUCUCCUCAUAUCAAUGCAAGGAAGCUGGCUGCGCUAUUCGAAGGGAUAUGUCCGCCUACAUCAAAUUUAAUCAAAGCAUAUGGAGUGAGGGUAUUGGAAAUCGCUGGUUUGGCGCAGGAGCAAACGAGCCAGCCGAGCAACAGCAUGUUUGCAGUGCAUAAUGGAGUAGAUGGAACCUUAAUUUGGGCGGCUGCGAUAUCUGCCUUUACAGCACUACAUGUACAGUUUUGGACUGCGCUGCAAGCAAUUUCAAUUUGGCUUGAACUUGUCAAAUAAUGAUGAAGGAACGUUCAAUCAAGCUUCGAUACUAGGGAGGAGGUUCGUUACCUCCCCUUGCCGCCGCCGCUCAAGCCGAUAUACCUCGAUUACACUUGGUGGAAUGGGAUGCAAGUGCACGAUGCUGGCUGCGAACUUCGGGACUCUCUUUGCUCUCACGCGAUGGAUAAAAUAACCAGUACAAGCAUUUUAAUUGCAAUUACCUAGUAUUCUGUUCGUUAUUUGAGCUGCAAAUAUGGUUUGAGAUAGAUAUGGCAAGUACGUACUGAUAUGUUAGGGUGGUUUCCUGGCCGCAACUGCUGUUUUGAGAAGUGUCUGUUUACGACUAUCUAUGCAAUUCUUCAACAUGAAAUUUUCCUCUCCUCAUACACAUUGUAUCAAUUUUGGAUAGGAAAUGGCUGGAAACUGGAUCAUUGAAAAGAAAGACCGGGGAGGUUCUGACGUAUAUUUUCACUUUCCCAUGCUUUAAUGUAGUAUAAGCUGACUUUUGACCAGUUUGCUCGGGCUUGGCGGCUUCAUCGCUGCCUUCUACCUGGAAGGGUUUUUUCGGCAGAAUGGGUGCAGACUCCUAUGACGCCGCUAUGGCUGCAGUCUAGAAUAGGUGACAGCGUCGAGCGGAAGCACUGGCUGCUCGGGUGGAUUACACCCAAGGUGACGCCGCGAGGAUGUCGGAGAGAGAAAUUUCCACCCUAG